AUGGCUGGUUACAAACGCAAGCUCGAGGAUUACGACCCAAACAAGUCGGAUCCCGAAGACCUCGACUACGGCGCCGAGUCUCCUCCACGCGAGCGACGAUCGCGCAAGUCAAACAAAGGCUCUCCUCGCAAGCGCGCCAAGCGACCACGCGACGCCUACAACGACAGCGACAUCGAGCCCGACAGCGGCGACCCCAGCGAAGAGGAGGAGUCAUUUGCGGGCGAUUCUGAAGACGACGACGACCCUGUCGAGACCAAUCCAAGAACUGGAAGAAGCGUGAGGAGAGCGGCCAAGAAGCCGGUCAAGUAUGAGGAGGAGUCCGACGAAGAAGAAGAGAUAGCAGCGACAGACAGUGACCGCGACCCCAUCGCACCAACACCUGCUAGGUCCCGUGGAUCGGCGCGUGACACUCUCAAGAAGCCGUCACUCAUCGUCAAGCUCGAAAUUGGCAAAGGGAAGAUGGUCGAAGGACGAUCUACCCGGUCGAGAACCACGAGUCACACGCUGAAGAGGGAGCCGACCCCUCAAGCUUCGGGUGCGGCAGGCGCUCGUAGGAGCAGUCGCUUGUCUCACGACGAACAACAACCUCUGGUGGCUCUGACUGAUUCUGGCAAGCACGAACAAGUUGCACGAGCUGGUACAGCCACUCCAGAGCCGGAGGGAAGCCGUAGACCUACACGAGGAGGCAAAGGGCUCAAGAAGCCACCAAGUGCCAUAAUGGAGGCAUCUCAGGAAGACUCGCUUUUCGGUCAAUCUCAGACUGUCGAGGGACAGGAGUCCUUUUCCCAGCUCGAAGUUGCCGCAGAAAAACAGAUUUCCCAGACUUCGGAUCAAGAAGAGAAAGACGAAGACAUACGUAUGGAGUAUGAGGACGAGGAAGAGGAAGUCGUCGUGCAGGAAUCCCAACCUGAUCCAGAGGACAACGAAGAAGAUGACGAACCUAUCACGAGAGGCGGACGAACGCGACGUACUCGCAAAGCCUCCACUCCUCCACUGUCGCAAACGAUUAGCAGAACCCGGCGCUCCCAACGGACCAGGAAGUCGGAAGCUGAACAGAUCAGCGACUUCGAGCCGGAUGCCGAGGGCGAAGUCGAUGCUGAUGAAGAACUGUCAGAAUCUGACGACCAUCUCAAGCCGCCUCGAGGGAGAAGCAGUGCAGAAGCAAGCUCUCAGGGUGGCAGACGUUCGGGCAGACUCACUCGUGGUAAAGCGGCCUCAAACAGAAGUCAGUCUAGACGCUCGCCUGAGGAAGAGGAGCUGGAUCCAGAUGAGAUUGCAGAUGAGGCAGCUGAUCUCGAGGAAGACAAUCGCCGGAAUAGGAGGCCGAGGAAGCGAACCACGCAGCGAGCUGCAGAAAUCACAUUCGAACCAAAUUUGCGCAACCGGGGAAACCGACCAGACUAUCGCAUCCUGCGGCCUGAGCUCCUGCUACCCAUAGAAGAUGACGAUGCUCCAGCAGCACCUGCUGCCACUCCUCAACGCAAUCGACGUACCGGUGGCGGUGGUCACAACUAUCGCAGCUUGUUCUCGACAUCUGGACCUUUUGGUGGAGCAGGAGGACCACCACCUGUGUUGGGUGGCCCUGACGGUAUUGGUGCUACUGGUGGUGUCGACUCAGACAGCAGUGACGAUGAAGGUGGAAUGCGAGGCCAGCAAGGCGGUCUCGGCGGGACUGUGGGGAUGACACCGACAUCUGCGAUGCCCAAGCCAUUCGCUGUUCCCCAAGCCCACAAUGCCGAUCCCAUACAAGGCGCUGGAGGUGGUCCUCCCGGACUUGGAAAGGUCAAGGACAAGAAGGCACUUGCAGACGCCGACCCUCUGGGUGUCGAUCCAAACGUCAACUUUGAUGGCGUGGGUGGUCUCGACAAUCACAUCAACCAACUGAAGGAGAUGGUGACCCUGCCACUGCUAUACCCUGAAGUCUUCCAACGCUUCCACGUCACUCCACCUCGAGGAGUCCUCUUCCAUGGCCCUCCAGGUACCGGAAAGACUCUUUUGGCUCGAGCGCUGGCGUCUAGCGUCAGCUCUCAUGGACGCAAGGUCACGUUCUACAUGAGGAAGGGAGCUGAUGCGCUCAGCAAGUGGGUUGGCGAGGCAGAAAAGCAGCUUCGCCUUUUGUUUGAAGAAGCGCGCAAGAACCAGCCCAGUAUCAUCUUCUUCGACGAAAUCGAUGGCCUGGCACCUGUACGAUCCAGUAAGCAGGAGCAGAUUCACGCUUCUAUUGUGGCCACGCUCCUUGCUCUCAUGGACGGCAUGGAUGGUAGAGGUCAGGUCAUUGUCAUUGGCGCCACCAAUCGCCCCGACUCCGUUGAUCCUGCUCUUCGACGACCUGGCCGUUUCGACAGAGAGUUCUACUUCCCUCUGCCAGACGUAGACGGUCGACGCAAGAUCAUCGACAUCCACACCAAGGGCUGGGAUCCGCCAUUGAAGCCUCAAUUCAAAGACGAGCUCGCAGGACUCACUCGUGGAUACGGUGGUGCCGACUUGCGCGCUCUCUGCACAGAAGCUGCCUUGAAUGCUGUGCAGGGCACGUUCCCGCAGAUCUAUUCCAGCGAACAGAAGCUCAUCAUCGAUCCUACUCAGAUCAAAGUCUUGGCCAAGGACUUCAUGAUCUCAGUGAACAAGAUCGUGCCUUCGUCUGAGCGUGCAGCUGCCUCUGGAGCUGCGCCUUUGAAGAAGGAGGUGGAGCCUCUCCUACGAAAGCCGCUCAAGGAGAUUUCGAAUCGCAUUGACAAGGCCAUACCACGUAAGCGAAAAGCUACAGCACUCGAGGAGGCCAUGUAUGACAACCGCGAUGACGAGCUUGGCUUUGAGAAAGAGGUUAUGCAACGCGAGUUCGAGGCUUCUCGCAUCUUUCGACCCAGGCUCCUGAUCCGUGGCGUGGCUGGCAUGGGUCAGCAUUACCUGGGAGCCGCGCUUCUCAGCAAGUUUGAAGGCCUGCAUGUUCAGAGCUUCGACCUGCCAACGCUGGUGAAGGAUUCCAGCAGGUCGUCCGAAGCAGCUGUCGUCCAACUUUUCGAGGAAGUCAAGCGGCACAAGCCCAGCGUCAUCUACAUCCCGGAUGUCAAUAUCUGGUACGAGACAGUUGCCGAAACUGCAAAGAAGACCUUUGUUGGACUGCUUCGAAGCCUACCACCCACGGACCCUGUCCUCCUGCUCGCCACCAUGGAAUUGCAGCCGGAUGAUGAGAAACCAGACCCACGAAUGCUUCGCGAAUUGUUCGGAUACUCGACCAGCAAUCAGUACGAAUUGCCUCGACCAGAUGAGGUUGCGAGAAACGACUUCUUCAACAAUGUGAUCAACAUAAUCCGCAAGAACCCAUCCGAAUUUCCUGAGGCGGGUGCCAGAAAGAAACGCAAACUCGCCGAGUUGCCUGUUGCACCCGCGCCAAAGGAGCCCGAGGGCCCUAGCAAGGAGGCGUUGAAAGCUCAGAAGAAGAGAGAUCGUCACACUCUAAACAUGCUCAAGCUUCAUAUCCAAGGCGUGAUGGAUCAGAUCAAGCUCAAGUACAAGAAGUUUAGGACGGCGGUCAUUGACGAUGCGACGAUCUCCUACCUGUACGACGAACAGGAUCCUACUGUUCUCACAACAGAUCUCACAGAAGAGCAGAGACAGCAACAGCAACUGUUCCGCCCUUACGAAAUUGAGCAAGACGAAAAGGGUGUGCCUGGGCUGCGAGAGGUUGCUUCUGGCAAGUUUUUCUACAACCUGGAGAUCGUCACGAUUGAGAAGCGUCUGUCGAACGGCUACUACAAGCGUCCGAAAGACUUCCUUGCAGACAUCAAGCGCCUGGCGAAAGACGCAAAGACAAUUGGAGAUCAAGAGCGCACACUCAAGGCCAAUGAGAUGGUUGCCAACGUCGAAGUAGACAUGACCACGUUUGAAACGACGAUGCCCGUGUUGGCUGCCGAUUGCGAGGCAGUGUAUCAGCGUGAACAGCAGCGCGAGCAGGAGCGCCUGGACAAGAUACGGGAAGCUCAACGCCAAGGCCAAGAAGUGCCCAAGAUUGUGCCAAAUGUGCCGCCUUUCAACGCCUCGAAGACAACUACAGAUACAUCUGGGCCAGUGGUUCUUGGGCAAGAAGUCCCUGGACGUCAGCUGUUCCCGACCGCCGCGCCUCCUGUUGGUGGUCCAAGUCCACAAUCGAUUCCGUGGAGCACCACGCAGACGAAUGGCAGCUACCCAUCGCACCAAACCAACGGCUCGAGUGUACCAUCUCGCCCACAAGAAGACUCUGAUAUGCAAAACAAUAGCCAGUUGGAAACGCAAGAUCCUCAUCAGGAUCAAACACAGACCCAGGCGCACAACACCCAAAUGACGGCACCUGGAGCCAUUGCCGCUGGAUCUCAAGCAGAGCGGUACCCGAACAGUCUGUCGACCAAGAAUAGCGACCGCAGCAGUGGCGCUUCUGGCACGCAAGCCUCGAACGGAGUUCCUCGACAUCAGCCCGACUUCUCGAACUACGGGCCAAGAGGAGGCAGUCAAGAACCGGCCACGCAAGACCCAUCUCUGGAGUCUCAGCUAAGCUCGCAGCCAUCGCACUCUUCGCAACAGAUGGGACCUCCCCGCACAAGCCACCGCGCAUCGUCCAUCUCCGCCCUCCUUAACACGGAGGACGACGACGAGCACAACGAGCUCUCCCGCUCGAACCAGUUCAUCAUCGACGAAGACAAGCUGCAGGACUUCCAGAGCAUGCUCGUGAGGAAGAGUAGCGGCCUCUCACUGGAGCAGCUCGAGCAAGUCCACGCGGCGCUGAUGGACGUCAUCUGGACGCAGCGCGGCAACUUCAACCGCAACCAGGUGUGGAAGAAUUGUGAGAGUGCGUUCAAUGCCAUCAUCCAGGACAUGGAGGACUGUCAGAGGAUCUUGGAUCCGAGUCAGGAGCAUUAG